GGGAGGGACGCCGCCGAGUUCCGCCCUAGCAGCCAUGGCCGCGUAGCGUCUCCUCGGCAGCCGCGCUCGGACAUGGGCCUGCCCCGGGCCGGCGGGCGGAGGCAGCGAGUCCCCGCGGCGAAACGUAUUGGUAGAGACUUCUAAGAAGCUGUAACAUCCUAGAAGGGACAUAAGUAACAAUAUUAACAUGCCUGCUGUGGCAUCUGUACCUAAGGAGCUCUACCUCUCUACUUCAUUGAAAGAUCUCAACAAGAAGACAGAAGUAAAACCUGAAAAGACCAGUACAAAAAGUUAUGUGCAGAGUGCCCUUAAGAUUUUCAAGGCAGCAGAGGAAAGCAGACUGGAUGGAGAUGAAGAAAAAGCUUACAUCCUAUACAUGAAAUAUGUGGCUGUUUAUAACCUUAUUAGAAAGAGACCUGAUUUUAAGCAGCAGCAGGAUUAUUUUCAUUCAAUUCUGGGACCUACAAAUUUAAAAAAAGCUCUUGAUGAAGCUGAAAUACUGUCAGACAGCCUUAAACUCAGAUACGAGGAGGCUGAAGUUCGGAAAAAACUUGAAGAGAGGGACAGACAAGAGCUGCAGAAAAAGCAAGAACCAAAAGAUGAUGGAAAGAGCUCAGCCAAAAACUCCUCAGAAAGUGCUGUAGAUUCCAAAGGAAAAAGCCAAAGGAUUAAUGGUGAGACAAAGCAAUCACUGGAAAGAAAAGAUCAGUCUGAUGGCCUGAGUGGAGCAGUCACACCUGAGAGGCUGUUUGCGAUGAUGUCAGACAAAAAUAUUGAAUUGCUUAUAAUGGAUGCUCGAAAAUCAAAGGAUUAUCAGGAAUCCUGUAUUCCAAAAUCCAUCAGUGUCCCAGAAGAAGCUAUCCAUCCUGGAGAUACUGCUUACCUGAUUGAAGCUAGACUCCCAGAGGAGUCUAGGGAUUCAUGGAAGAGGAGAGGACAGUUCCAUUAUGUUAUACUGCUAGACUGGUUUAGUUCUGCUGAAGACUUAAAGCUGGGAACAACUCUACAGAGCCUGAAAGAUGCACUUUUUAAGUGGGAAAGCAAAACCAUCCUGCAGAAUGAACCUUUAAUUCUAGAGGGAGGUUAUGAAAACUGGCUCCUUUGUUUUCCCCAGUAUACAACAAAUGCUAGAGUAACUCCACCCCAGCAUGGCAGGACUGAAGCAGUGACUGUUUCUUUGGAUUUUACAUAUCCAUCUCUGGAAGAGCCAGCUCCUGUGCUACCUGUUGUUGCUGAAAAUGAAGAAAUGGGAGAUAAUUUGGAAGAGAGACUAAAAUCACUUAACAGACCAAACAUACAAGAUGCUGCUGUUCCAAAAUCUGACAGUUCCUUUGUAGUUAAUCCCUUGUCAGUUACAAGAAGUAUCCCUGAGGUGGACCGUUCUAAAAAGCCUUCACUAAGAAUCCUUGGUGAUAACAGAGCAAAACCUGCAAGUACAAUCAGUGACAGCCAGUCUGGUGAGAGUGGAAGAAUAGUUCCAGACCGCUCCACAAAGCCCUUGCAUGAUGGAAGGAACACUCUGACAGAAGAAGAAAAAAGUCGGGUCCAUGCAGAAACUGCUGCUUUGUUAGAGAAAAACAGACGGGAAAAGGAACUGCGGGAGAGGCAACAGCAGGAACAGAGAGAGAGGCUCAAGAGAGAAAAAGAAGAACAAGAACGAAAAGAACAAGAACAAAAGGCAAAAGAAGAACAGAAGGAAAAGGAACACAAAGAAAAGCUACAGCAAUCAAAAGAGGACAGAGAGCAGAAGGAGAGGGAUGAACAAAUAAAAAGAGAACAGGAGGAAAAGGAACAAGAAAGAGCACACAGAGAAGCAGUAGAAGCAAAAAAGCAAAAUAAAAAUGAACCAGAAAACAUUGGAGCAAAAAGGAUUGAGAUUGACAAAAUAUCAAUGGAAGAAAGAGAAAAGGGAACUCGAACACCAGAAACACAGAAACGGGCACUGGGUGAUGCAUCUCAGACCUUUGUGACUGUUCCAGGCAAGCAAAUGGGGGUUAAAGGACAACCAGACAGUGAAGCUCAAAAGCCAGGACCCCUUAGAGAGGAUUCUGAACAAGAUACUGAAAGACUUAAAUCCCAGCGGGAGCCAUUAAUAAGAGCACGAAGUGAGGAGAUGGGAAGGAUAGUCCCAGGGCUGCCUGCAGGUUGGGUAAAGUUCCUGGAUGACAUCACUGGAACCUAUCGUUACUAUCACUCACCAACCAACACUGUUCAGAUGUACCCACCAGAAAUGGCUCCUGCAGCCACUCCUCCAUCAACCCCUCCCACCCGGAAAGCCAAGGCAAAGGUGGCAGUUGAGCGGGAGAGGGAACACUCCAAGCUCAAGCGCUCCUACUCGUCCCCAGAUAUCACCCAAGCCAUUCAGGAAGAAGACAAGAAAAGAAUUCCUGUCACUCCUGCAGUCAAUCGUGACAAUAAACCUGCCUGUUACACUAAAGCAGAAAUUUCCAGGCUCUCUGCAUCGCAGAUUCGCAAUCUCAAUCCUGUGUUUGGGGGCUCGGGACCAGCUCUGACAGGACUUCGUAAUCUAGGGAACACUUGCUACAUGAAUUCCAUAUUACAGUGUCUGUGCAAUGCACCUCACCUGGCUGAGUAUUUCAACAGAAACUUGUAUCAAGCUGAUAUUAACAGGUCAAAUUUCCUGGGGCAUAAAGGUGAAGUGGCUGAAGAGUUUGGUGUAAUAAUGAAAGCUUUAUGGGCAGGACAGUAUAAAUAUAUCAGUCCAAAAGACUUCAAAAUUACAAUUGGGAAGAUUAAUGACCAAUUUGCAGGAUAUAGCCAACAGGACUCCCAAGAAUUGCUUCUCUUUCUAAUGGAUGGCUUGCAUGAGGACCUAAAUAAAGCUGACAACAGGAAAAGAUACAAGGAAGAAAAUAAUGAUCACCUGGAUGACUCAAGUGCAGCAGAAAUAGCCUGGCACAAACACAAACAGCUCAACGAGUCCAUCAUUGUGGCACUGUUCCAAGGGCAGUUCAAAUCCACCGUGCAGUGUCUGACGUGUCACAAGAGGUCCCGAACCUUCGAGGCUUUCAUGUAUCUCUCAUUACCACUUGCAUCCUCCAGCAAAUGCACUCUGCAGGAAUGCCUUAGAUUGUUCUCCAAAGAAGAAAAGCUCACUGAUAACAAUAGAUUUUACUGUAGCCAUUGCAAAACUCGAAGGGAUUCUUUGAAAAAAAUAGAAAUUUGGAAAUUACCACCUGUUCUUCUUGUGCACUUGAAACGAUUUUCCUAUGAUGGAAGAUGGAAACAAAAGCUUCAAACUUCAGUAGAUUUUCCACUGGAAACUCUUGACCUCUCUCAGUAUGUUAUUGGUCCAAAGACUUCCUUGAAGAGAUACAAUCUGUUCUCAGUAUCGAAUCAUUACGGUGGGCUGGACGGGGGGCACUACACAGCCUACUGCAAAAAUGCUUCAAAACAACGCUGGUUUAAGUUUGAUGACCACGAAGUGUCUGAGAUCUCGGCGUCCUCGGUGAAGUCCUCAGCUGCUUACAUUCUCUUCUAUACUUCCUAUGAACAGCGAGCAGUAGACAUGGCCACGUAAAGCAAUGUGGCUUAAGGAAACUGGUUUUCUUUCUUCAAGAGAAAAGUAGGCCUGGGAAUGCACAUAAAUAUGCAGCAGUGCAGCAGACACAGUCACUGGAGUGGGAGGAGCAGGGUGUCUGCCAGCAGGGCUCGCUGGGGCCAUAGCAGUGCUUCACAAUCAGAGACUGAUGGGCAACGCUUGUGGUCAUACUGCCAUCUGUGGAACCAUUUACAAGCAUACUUGCAUUACUGUUUAUUUAAAAAAGAACUAUAUUUUUAGUCUGCUCCAAAAUUAAAUUCUAGCUUAGUCAUCUGAAAUCUAUUAACAAGUAGUUUAAAAUGUCUUAAAAUCCCAAGGCAUAUCUUGGUUUAUUUUUUUCUUUCACUGUUAAUGGCCUUUUCACAUUUCUAACCUUAAGCUUGACUCUACUGUGAAUACUCUAGAACGAUGUAAACAGUUAGGAAUGUAAGUGUACAUAUUGAUUGCAUACUUGCACAUCAGAUUAUGUAUAUAAUAAAAUGUUGUCCUUUUUGUGAGAAUCUCUAAAACUCAGAGGAUUGCAUUUAUUUGCCAGCUCUAAGUAAUUGCAACACUACUUAAUAAAAAAGCAGAGCUGUAUUAUUUUUUCUGUUAGCUUUUGUCAAUAUUUGUGCACUUCAGAGUUAUUCUAAACAAACAAGAUUUUCCUUUUUAAUUUUUUAAUAUAAAUUUUCAUGUACACAUGCAUUAAAAACCUUAAUGAAGAAAUUAUUUAAAAAUAUAUCCUGUUAAAUGUA